AUGACACUCGAUAGUUCAGGUGUCGGGUUGAUGCCUUUAGGCACAUCAAGCACAAAUAAUCUGCGUUUUUACGGUGGAAUUGUGAGUCGUGAAACUAUGAACAUUUAUCGAGUAUCUGAUACAAAUGGAUUGGUCAUCGCUUCAAGAACUACAUCCGCCUCAAACACCAAAACGUAUCCGUUGUUGAAUUUAAUAUCAACGGAUAGUCCGAGCGCAUUCGUUGGAGGUGUUUCUGCUACAAGCGCUGAUUUACUUACUAUAAAUUGGAACGAUAAACCAACUCCGUGUAAAACUGGUUAUCCUCAUACUUAUACAUUAGCAACAACUCCUACAGGAGCUUGUUUAUACCUUGUUUCAGACACUGUUAAUAAACUGUUGUUUAACACCAAUACGCCAUGCUCCAGUUCGUUUGGGACUGCUCCUCUCACGCUAAACUCUGCAAUGCAACGAAUGCAAACUCCACUAAUACCGGUAGUGCAUAUUUUGGAACUACUACGAACAACGAUUUGGUUAUGA